AUGUGGGAAAAAGUCACAAAAGAAUUUAAUUGUAUGUCUCCGGAUAACAACAAAAGAUCGACAGAAGUUUUAAGAAGAUUUUAUGAGAAUAAAAAAAAAGAUUUGAGAAAAAAAACUGCAAAUAAGAAAAUCCAUAUCAAAGGUACAGGGGGAGGCCCGCCAGACAAUAUUAAGGAUGAUCCAACAGAUAAUCUACUUUUGUCGAUCAUGAAUGAGAAGACGGUUUAUGGCCUGGAAUGUUCAUGGGGGGGAGAUGUCGAUAGCGAGUCUGAGAAUGAUGAACCUGAUCUGCAUAAUAAAAAUGUAGAAAUUUAG